UAUUGCAGUAAGAAACUACAGAAUAUAUAUGGCGUCUAUAUAAAUGCAAGGAAUUAGAGAGGAAGGGAGUAAAAUGUGGAUUAAGUUUGUUGUAGAGUGCCCGAGAGUGUGUGUGUGUAAUGUCGAAAGAAAACGACAGAGUAGAAUUGUAAAGGGGGUAAAUGCGAGAGAGUAAGAGUGCGACUGACUGACGUAUCGUGUUAGACGCUAGUGCGUGAUGGGCGGAGCUUAUUUGGCUUGACUUAUAAAUACUGAGCGAGCGCCCAGCCUGUACUAUUUAGUGACUUGUUCUCAAGCAGACUACUGCUCUUGCGACCCGUUAUGAGCGUCACAGUCGAGACGAAUUUAACGUUACUAUUACUACUAUCAUCAAUAUUGCAAUCGUCAUCUUCACUUCGACUGUUGAACAACCUAACUGAAGGGAAACUAAUGACUCUCAGUUUCUUUAAAGUUUUUGAGAAACUAAAACGGAAUACUUAUUCGUGUUCGGCAAGCGAUUUUAAGAAUAUAAGGCGUUAGUAAAUAAUUCUAUAUGCCACCGUGGAUUCCUUACCACAGUCGUCACAUCAUUAAACAGAUACAUCAUCACAUCUAAUUUACAACACGAAUUUUCAUCGAAAUUUCUUUUAUUUCUGAAAACGAUCGAACUACUAUUAACGAGAAAAUCACGGAAAAAAAAAAAGGAAAUUAUUCGGAAGAUUAUCUUUCUCUCAUUCUCACGCAUUCUAUGACUCAUACACAUACACUGUGUUUAUAACAAUACACACACCUACUGAAUCACAAUUAACAGUACAACUUCGAUUAUUUUUAUUUUCUCAAACUUUUUUACAAAACGGAACGGAUAUAAAAAGCGACUAAAUUUAGAUUUGGAUUUUUUUGUUGUUGUAGUCAACAAUUUUCCAUCAUUAUUAGGAUUUUUAAAAGAAAAAAUAUUCCAAGAUGUCAAAGGUAGCAGUAAAACGCCCAGCUCAGUAUUGCUUAACGUUCGACGAUGACAACUGCAGACCGAAGCGCUUUGACAGUAAUAUUGCGACGGAGAGAGACACUGGUCGACAAUAUGAGCAAGAUUUUAACAACAACAUUUACAAAAAAGCUCUCGAAGAUUUGAUAGUUGCGGAGCUCAAAAAGAAACUCGAAGAGGAGGCACGCCGUUUUAAAAAGAAGUGGAACUAUGAUUUAACAGAUCAAAAAUUCCUGUCUGGUGACUAUUGUUGGGAAGCAAAAUCUGCCAAGUCCUUUCCAAUAUCUUACGCUAAGCAUUGUUUUUAUUCGUACUACGGAGCUCAGCCGCUGUACCUGAACAGUGAUGAGUCGGGGGUGGAACCUGACUGCAAUUCAAAAUCUUAUGACAACAACGAUAGCGGAACUGUUACACCACAACAAACUACAACUGUUACUACUACUGAUGUACUAUCAUCGAACGACGAAAUAGCAACAGAAACAUUAACAAAUACUAAUGAUACUCGCUCAAUUGGAAAUCCUGUAACUACUAUUUGUAACGAAAACGCGGAAAACGCUGAUGGCUCCUUACGCUUAAUACCUAUAAUUUGUUACAAACCCAGGGAUUCAGAAGGCGAUAUUCUUGAUCGUCAAAGGCCAAACUGAGAAGCUUGAACAUAAGUUGUAUUUCAACAAAUUCUGUCCUGCUGAACAUAUUCUUGAUAAUAUAUAUAUAUAUAUAUAUAUAUAUAUAUAUAUAUAUAUAUAUAUAUAUAUA